UAUAACACCUUCCUCCGUUUUAGUAAACAGCUUUUAAAACUGUGCGUUCUCAAUUUAAGGAGAUUCGAAUCCCAGUGACUUGAUCGUCUGUAAACGUCUUAGCGCCAUUCCGAAUUGAGAACGCAUCGUGUGUGCAUCGCCUGGCCAUAACGCUUCCAGAUUAUUUUGAACGUGGUCUGCUAUUUCCCCGGCACCGCUAGAAUUCCACUACAUUUCCUGGACCAAAUCAACAUGAAGCCCGCUGUCGUGUGCUUUCUUCUGAUCGUGUUGGUUAAAGAAGGUUUUGCUGCCUCAUCCUUGGCAUGCUACUCCUGCAGCAACUGUGCCCUGAGCCCUGAGGACCUCCAGGGCGUAGUGAGACUAGACACGGAACAAUGUGACGACGCAUUGUUUUUAGAUUUCACAGGAUUAUCGGAACCACGAUGUGUAAAAGAAGUCGAAAGGGAUGGAACUGUCAACAGGUAUUGUAGCAGGAAGGGCAUGUGCAAAGGAAUAUAUCUGGAUGAGUGCUCAUCCCCGGACGAAAUCAGUUGCCGCAUCUGUUGCUCUUCUAAUAUGUGCAACAGCGCCCUCACGCUGCAGGUGACGUCCAUGUCAUUUCUUCUGGCCGUUUUCCUGGCCGCAUCAUUGACUUCUGGCAUCUAACAUACAUUGAAUUGAGUUUUUGGCGCUGUUCUUUUUGAACGACAAAAUGUCUGUCUUAAAUUGAUAAUUGUUAAUAUAUUUUGGCAAAUUAUUUGAACUUUUCUUCCAAUAAUAAUAUAACACCAGAUGUAAACAUACAAGUUAUUCAAGGUGGUAUUUUGAUAGAACUAUACAAUAUUAUAAACAAGACGCGUGCUGAACUGAAAAUUAUAAAUUAUAUUAUUCAAAUUGUAUAAAUUAAUAUGCUGUUUUUCCUAUAGUCUAUUAAGAACACACCAUUAACGUACAUGGGCGUCGCGAGAGGGAGCAAGGGGGCGCUUGCCCCCCCCCCCCUCCCCAACCCGGAAAAGCCACCCAAAAAAAAGAAAAAAGAGGCGCGAAGUCACAGUGGUGUAAAUUUAAUGAGUUGGGGGGGGGACAAAAUGUCCCUGCCCCCUGAUAAAUCGAGAAUAUGUUGAGAAAUACAGGAAUUUUUUGGGGAAAAUAUGUUUUGCCCCCUCUAGAAAAAAAUCCUGGCGAUGCCUAUGUUAACGUACGUUUAUGCAUUCAAGUGUGUUUACGUAAACCUGUCGCAAAUAUUGUUUUUAGUUAACCUGCAAACUCUGCUGAUAGCCUGAGUAUAGUUAUUACAUUCUCAUGUUCUUUUGUGUCUCUGAAGAAUAUUCUUGUGAUUAAUUUGAUAACAAAAGUAUUUUAUUGAGGCGUAUGAGAUGUUUGCAAAUAGACGUGAUUUUGAACUUUGCUCUGAUACUUGAAGUAGCGCAUGAAGUAGCGUAGGGCAUGCACAAGAACAUGACUUGGGAAAAAAACAAACAACUUUGCAUCCCUCUCUGUUUAUUUCUUGUCAAUUUAUCAAAAAGAAAAUAUACAACCAUGAAUAUCAAUAUUCAUAAUAUUUGUAAUAUUAAAUCAUUCAAAAUUCAAAUGCGUACUGGAAGAUAAUAUGAAAUUAAUUUCAAUACUGGCAUUACUCAGCAGUUUGAUCUCCAAUUUUGUUAUGUAUCAAGGGCGGAUCCAGAACACACUUUUUUAAUGGGGGAUGGAAGGGCCAAACAAAUUUGGGUCCAACAUUAUACUGCGUGGGGUUCGGGACCCCGAAUUUUUUUUUUGGGGGGGGGGGAUUCUGGAUGCUCUGUGGUGCGAUCUGAGGCAAGUUCUGACCACUUUAACCAUUGUUUUUUUAUGAAAAGAUGGUGGUGUACGCAGUGCCUGCCUUUUUUGCGACGUCACUUUUGGGACGCCAAAUUUGGGAAUCUUUCCAAAAAUAUAAGUAAAAAGUGAUGCACAAUACAUCAAAGUGGCAAAAGAGGCGUAAAAUAAUAGAAAAAGUUCUCUUUUUUUUGGUCCAGUAAAUUUUCCUUUAACAAUAAUAAACUUUCCCCUCCAGAUCCAAACCUUCUCCAACACCACAUUCCUCAAUCACUUUUCGUGCACGUCAUCUUAAAAAUUAUGGAAUUAAAAUUAAAUGGGGGAGACUGGGGUCCUUAUAGGAUG